UACCGACGUGAUCGGACGUGUUGUUACACGUCAUCAUUUUUGGAAUAUGUGACCUAUUUCGAACGCGCAUUGAGUUUAUGUUACUCUUUUAGACUUUCGUAUUUUGCAUAUUAUUUUUAUUACUCACCGCAUAAGUGGCAUUUUCGAUUCUGGCGUAUCGAUUUUGUUAGAGUCAAGGUCAUUCUCACGCGAAGAACAAGUUCCACAGGCAGACACGAUUUCUUUUUCUGGAGUUCUUCGGACGGAGUUUAAAAGCGAGCACGUAACGACAGUGCACUUUGCUUCAUCACAACCGGUGUACUUUGUUUCACAUUAUGCGAUUUCAUAAUGAAAACGAUCUCUAAUUUGCGUGUUCUGUGGUUUCAAUUUAAUGUUUCUUCUUUAUUAUUUUCCUUUCGAGUGUAACAAUAUCAGUUCUGAAGAACCACUCGACUGUGGUGGACGCGUUUCGGCUCGAGUAUUACAAAUUUACAUAUUUUUGAAAGUGUUGCCGACUUUGACUUAGCAUUGAACUUUUCGUAGCCAUCUCGUGAUUUUGGAUAACCCGUUCAGUCAUCUUAACGCACGUCCGUGCGGCGUGACGAUGCCAUAGACGCAAGCCCGGUGUCCGUGAAGGCUUCGCCAUUUUUGCGUUUUUUUGUUUUUUUUUGUUUUAUAUCUCAUUAAGACGUGAUCUGACCGUAUCGACUUCCGUUUAUUAUUUCGGGAGGCGGGAGUUAUUAACCAAAAGAAGAAGAGGAUAACAACAUUGAAAAUGAUCGACUCCUUUUCUUUCUUUAAGUAUUUUCAAAUCACCGUAGAUAAGUGUAAUUAAGUAUGGAUUUAUUCGUAAUUAUCGGACUCUUAUUCGUAGUCUACUAUUCCGUCUAUCUCAUUCUUCCCUCCUUCUUGGAUUGCGACAUACUGCUCGCUUUUAAGGAAAAGUACGGCAAAUCUGUAUCUUCGUUGAAAGGCAAGACAGUAUGGAUAACAGGUGCAUCUACCGGUAUUGGAGAACAUUUAGCUUACGUGUUAGCCAAAGCGGGCUGCAAAUUAAUCUUGUCCGCUCGGAGAGUCGCUGAAUUAGAACGAGUGAAGAAAACGUGUUUGGAAGAGAAUAGAAACUUAACCGACAAUGAUGUGGAAAUUUAUCCUAUGGAUGUGCUUGAUUUGGACUUGCACGAAAAAGCAUUCGAACAUGUAAUCAAUAAAUUCGGCAAGUUAGACAUACUCGUCAACAAUGCUGGCCGUAGUCAAAGAGCAAAAUGGGAAAACAUCGAGAUAGCGGUUGAUAAAGAAAUGUUCAACUUGAAUGUAUUCUCCAUCUUGUCCUUGAGCAGAAUAGUAGUGAAACACUUUUUGAAAAUAGGCAAAGGUCAAAUCGUCAAUACCUCGAGUUUAGCAGGAAUUGUACCCGUACCGAUGUCGGCGACGUACUGUGGCACUAAACAUGCCUUACAUGGUUAUUUCAAGCCGUUCUUCUUGGAAUAUCCCGAUAAUAAUAUCAGCAUGACAAUGGUUUGCCCGGGUCCAGUACAGACUGAAUUUCUAGCAAAGAGUUUCACGGAGAAAUCUGGCGAAAAUUACGGUGUAACAACGGACAUAUCUAAAAACAAAAUCAGCGUGGAACGUUGUGCAAUUUUAAUGGGCGUCGCGAUUGCAAAUGAACUGGACGAAGUGUGGAUUUCCACGGCGUCUUCGUUACGACUCGUAUACAUGACUUAUUGUUUUCCGAAUUUUGCAAAAUGGAUUAUAAAGAAUUUAGGUCUGAAAUACCUACAAAAACUACGAGAUGCUAAUGCCUCCAAAAAGGAUUAAUCGCCAUGAUUAUCAGUGAAUAUUCUAAUGUCAACAGCAACUAUAUUUUUGUCAUGUUUUGUCAAUAUAUUCUUCACAUAAGCGCUUUAAGAUUUUUAUAUAAUGUAUAUAUUAAACAUAAUAAGAAAAUAAAACAGAUGUAAACAGA